AUGUCAUCGCCCACUGCAAACCGUGUAAAGGACACCGCAAAAUCAGCGGCUACCAAGGUUGAGAAUGCUGCGACUGAAGCUGUCAACAAUCCUAAAAAAGCCAAGAAUGACUUUCUUCACCAGCCAAUUGUGCGGGCUGCAUUACCCUUCGUCAACGGCGGCCUUUCAGGCAUGAUUGCGACCGCGUGUAUUCAACCCAUUGAUAUGAUCAAGGUCCGUCUUCAGCUUGCCGGCGAAGGUGUUCGGACGGGGCCCAGACCAAGCCCUCUCACCAUCACAAAAGACAUCAUUGCACAAGGCAAGGUUUUGGAUCUGUAUACCGGUCUCAGUGCAGGAUUGCUCCGUCAAGCAGUCUAUACAACGGCUCGCUUGGGCUUCUUCGACACCUUUCAGAACAUACUGACUGCACGCGCAGAGAAGAGAGGCACAAACAUAACGUUCGCCGAGCGAGCUGCUGCGGGUCUGGGGGCUGGCGGUUUGGCUGCUAUGAUUGGCAACCCUGCUGAUCUCGCUCUCAUUCGAAUGCAGUCGGAUGGGCUGAAGCCAAAAGACAAACGUGCAAAUUAUCGAUCAGUCUUCGAUGCUCUGAAACGAAUCACUGCGACAGAAGGCAUUGGUGCACUAUGGGCAGGUGCAUAUCCGACAGUGAUCCGGGCAAUGGCGCUGAAUUUUGGCCAACUGAGUUUCUUUGCCGAGUCAAAAGCACAACUCAGGAAACGUGCACCAUCUUUGUCUGAGUCAACGAGGACAUUCGGUGCAUCUGCAAUUGCUGGCUUUUUUGCCUCGUUCUUCAGCCUGCCGUUCGACUUCAUCAAGACCAGAUUGCAAAAACAAUCAAAAGGACCGGAUGGAAAAUACCCAUACAGUGGAUUAUUGGAUUGUGCGCGGAAAGUGAUACGAGACGAAGGCUGGCUCAGAUUCUAUCGAGGUUUCGGGACCUAUUAUGUCAGAAUCGCUCCUCACGCCAUGGUGACGUUAAUUGUCGCCGAUUACCUGAAAUUGAUCACAGCUUGA